AUGUCUGAUGAGGAACACAAAUCAGAAUUACUCGACGUGUUUAAUGACAUCAUGAAUAAAAUUAAUGAACUACCUUUACACCCGAAAAAUAAAAUUCUACUAUACAGUCGUUACUUGCUGUCAAAGAUAUCCUGGGAUUUCACUGUUUCUGAUAUAUCUAAGACCUGGAUCUGCGAAACGUUAGACAGUAUUGCGACAAAAUAUAUCCGAAAAUGGCUGGAACUUCCUGUCUUUGCAACCCUUAGCAACGUGUUGCUUCCACAAAACAAAUUUGGUCUGAAUAUUAUUCUCUCUUCGACAAAAUUUAUCCAAUGUCAAACUGUCUCUCGAUCAGCUUUAAAAUACUGA